AUGGAGCUGUUUCCCAACGGGGGCUUCGUGCGGCUGCGCAGCCGUGCGCGGGACAAGUACGUCCACGCCGACGCGGACGCGAGCGGGGUCUCCCUGCGCCCGCUCGGCGCCGCGCCCUCUGUGAACGCGGUGUGGAAACCGGAGCAUUGGCCCGGCGAAGAGGACAUCUUCCUCCUCCAGGGCGCCGCCUACGGCCGGUACCUCGCGGUCUCGGACCAGGAUGCGCCGCCCGGCCACCGCGGCGUCCGCGCCGUCCAGCGCGACUACAACUCGCCGCACGUGGAUGCUCCCUUCAUGUGGACGGCCUUUAGGGUGGAUGCCGACCAGAACUACGUCCGCUUGCACAACCACCAGCGCUGGCUCCGCGCCAACGGCAGGCACCGCUACUGGAACAACGUCGUCACCGUCGAUACCAGGAACGGCAGCCUGACCACGAUGAUGCAGUGGAGGGUUGAGGCCAUCCCAGUGAGCCCGCAGCCGCUACCCCUUCUGCCUCCACCUCAACAACCUACGAUUCAUGUAAGCCGUGGCCUAUUCAAGCGGCGGGCCAAGGUGCAUCCAUUUGCGGGCCGGAUGAUCCGGCACGUGCAGAUGGACGAUGAUGGGUUUAUUCAUGACAAGCCUGAAUUCAACUUCAACGACUACUCCGUGUCCAACCUGAGGACCGAGCUGGCGCUCCGUCAGGGUGACGAGAACAUCACGUUGUGCCUGCGGGCCGGCAUAUAUGCGCUCGCAAUCCCGCUUAUCACAGACCUGCCUCAUAACACAGAUCCCCUGGACAUCAUAGUGGUCACCACCGGAUCACCAGGUUUUGAGAUGUUAGAAUACCCACAGUUUGAUGAGCCACCAGAACCGUAAAGGAGUACGGGGGCAGAGCUUCUAUUCAUCUUUGGGAAAAGCAUUGCUACCCCUGAUAUAUACAGUGACAUGAGAAUUGAUUGUUAUCUUUUGUUAAGAUAGUUUCAGAAAAAAAAAUCUGUAAUGGUGGUUAGAUUUGAUGCGAUCCACUGACCGGAUGCGGUUUCAGAUGACAUUUCAGUUUCAGAAACUUAAAAAUGCUGAAAGCAUUAUGUAGAAAUUUUGGUGAACGGCUUUGCAAGGAAACAUCGGCUGGAAGGAUCGGAAGCUCACCUUUGCGCAUAACAUAACCCUAUCAAUUUCAACCGGGACAUGAAAAUUGCUUCACUUGUGUGUUCAUAAUUGUUGAAGGUCUCCACAUGACUUUGUGAACUCAAUGCCCCCUUGAUAUAUGAUCGCAGCACCACGAAGCAGACUAUCUAGAUAGCACGCCUGAGAGGUUCAGCACUUCAGCUUCAGUGCUUGGGACUUAUUCUAGAUCUCUAGUACAGUA